GUUAUUACGUUGCUACGUAACUUCUCCUAUUUACGCACAUUUUCUGCGCACCGUCCUCUCUAUUGUUCCCCAUUCAUGGAGCGCUAUAACCCGAAGAUGUGUCUACGGUAACCCCCCCUCCCUCCUCCUCAAAGCAGGCGCCUGGCCCUUUAAGGGUUAUGUAGCCGGGCUAGCCGAUGUAGGACGAGCCGACCGUGCGUCUGCCUGCCUGCGCUCCCCGCUGCCAUCCCAUCAUGGCCUCCACACAGCCGCCACCGACACCACCGAGGAUGAACCGACCAGCCAGCGGCCCUUCCCUUCCCGGAGCGGAGACGGACGUCAAGCCGAAGCAGAGGCACCGGUAGAGGCGAGCCGCGCCGGGGAGAGCCGCCUCGCAUCCCAUGCCACCCCGGUCUCCUCCAUGCCUUCGACUAAAGCCAAGUACAGCUAUUCGAUAAAGAGGGGUGCGAACCCGGGCGGCGGCGGCAGCGGCGGCGGCAGAAACAUGACAACGAACAGGGAUUAUUCUGUUAAUCUGUCGGUGCAGCAAGUGCUGAGCCUUUGGGUGCAAGGCACGACGCUGCAGCACUUCACAGAGAUGUGGUACUGGGUGUUCCUGUGGUGUCUCUUCUCCUCGCUCUUCGUCCACGGGGCGGUGGGGCUGCUCAUGUUGGUCAUGCUGCAGCGCCACAAGAGGGGCCGCCUCAUCACCCUGGUGCUGGUCAGCGUGGGUUUCCUGGCCUCCCUCUCCGGAGGCGUCAUCACCAGCGCAGCGGUGGCGGGGGUGUACCGCGUGGCAGGGAAGGACAUGGCGCCGCUGGAGGCCCUGAUGUUGGGCGUUGGGCAGACCACCCUCUCCAUCAUCAUCUCCUUCUCACGCAUCCUCGCCACUCUGUGAAGCGAAAACCCCUCGACGCGUUGAAGCGCAGAUGCUGAGACGAGGGCAGUUGAAUCGAGCCAAUCAGAGACUUUUAGGUGGCUGGGUUCGUGGACGGAGAGGAGGCAGAAACGCUCUGGACCUUUGGGUGCAGGAGAGAGCUCCCCCCGGUGUCUCUGCUCUGUUACUGCCACAAUCACAAAGGGAACUCAAUGCAGGCCGAUUGUCUCCGUGUCAGACAGCGGCACCAGGCGGAGACGGCGCCAUCCUCAGCUUCUGGACUUGAAAGCCAUGUUUUCAGUUGUUUCCAGAGUUACAUCACUUCUUUGUGCCAACAGCCUUCUCUGGGACAUCCAGAUGCCUUUUAUGGCCACUGACUCUUGAAGGCUUUCUGUUGCACUUGUGGGGAAAAAUCCUCUUUUAAAAAAAAAAAAAAACAGCAGAGUGACGACCUGUAAUGAUCGUCUGAUGAUCUCCUUCAGUGAUCAGCGCGAGAACAAAAGUUGAGCAACGAGUGGUGUGUUAGGGAGUGACAACCCAACAGUGUUCAUCAGCAAAAACACAAUUUUUCGUCAGUAUUACAACAUCAGCCUCUCCCCUCGGUCUUCACCACGUACAGAUGAUCAUGAUCAUUCCUUUUCCUUAAACGGUUAAAAAGCUGCUCCAUCCAACUCACGAGCGAGAGGCAGCUUUGAAUUUUGCACUUUGUAAACGUGUGAGACGCUCUUUGCCUAAGACGGUGAAAUCAGUAGACGAGGAGAGGAAAACCAGCAUGGCGCUACGUUUGGUUUGAAAUAUUGAUUUAGUGUGUGCCAACGAGAACUCCAAUUGGAGUCAAAGGAAUAUUUCGACAUGCUGUCCCGUCAAGAGUUGGAAGAGAAAAUGCCACUCUCAUUUCUGUUCAGUAAAAAUGAAGCAGUCAGGACACAGGUAGCUUACGUUAGCAUAGAGACUGAAAACAGCUUAGCUGACGCUGUCUAAAGGUAACAAAUUCUGCCAACCAGCACCUCUAAAGCUCAGUCAUUAAUAAUAUAUCUUAUUUCAGACCGUUCUUUAAUGAUGGAUUUCUUUAUGCAGUCAUCUGCUCCACACAUAAUACUGCAAACUAUUUGAAUUAUGUAGCAUACAUUGCUACAUGUAGCUACAUGCUAACGUCAAAGAAACGUAAUCUUAGUUGCCAAUUUUUUUUAACCUGUCCCGGAUUUUAAAUCAUAUUCCUGCUGGAACGUGUCCGGUUGUUUUAAAAGCUUUUAUUGGUGAUUUUUCACAGUAAAAAGUGCUGCUACUGUCCGUAAAAGUCAUUGCCUGGCUGCACUGACACCGAAAUACAGAAGACCCGGAAACGCUGACCAAUCACAGCAGGCUUUUUCAGAGGGGGCGGGCUUAAAGAGACAGGUGCUAAAACUGAGUGUCUCAGACAGAGAACGAAUACAGGUGUUCAACCACAGUCUGAUGAUAUAUAUAUAUAUAUAUAUACACACACACAUAUAUAUAUAUAUACACACACACACAUAUUCUAUAGUAUGUAAACAUGCAUAUGUUAAAACCCAAAAUACAAGUAUGACCCUGAAAAUGAAUGUAAGUAGUCAGUGUUUUACAGGUGGUGCCAGCUGAAAACAUGAGGUACAGACUUGUAGGCGGAGCGGAGUGGGUUUUUUUGCUGCACAGACUCCAUCUUUGUAGUGUGUAGUUACUGUCUGCGUCUUCUGUGAGUAUUGACUUCUGCAAAAAGCUAAUGCAGUUGGUUAUGCAUGUUAUGCGUAUGUUCGGAAACAUAGGCUAAAUGAAAUGCUACUAAAUUAAUUAAUUGAAUUGUUUUAACAGCAGCAUGCGUAGUUUUUUAUUUGAAUGUGAAAAGUGGGAACAGACACAGAUUUGCUGUGCUGUUUUGCACUGACUCGGGUACAAUGAGGUAUUCGUUUGAAUCCUUUUUAAACUGAUUGUGAUCAUCAUUCUCACAGUUUUGUGUAGUUUUUACUUGUUGGCGAAAAGAAGAAAAAAGCACACCAGCAGCGUAAAAACAGAGAAGAGCCGUGUAAUGCCUGCGCAGGAGAGCGCAGCCUCAGUGUCAGUGUCACAGCUUUAGUUGAUUAUAAUGGACGCACAAUGCUGCCGAGGUUGUGUCGAGUCGAGGUUAUUUCUGUCUGGGUGCAGUGACUUCAUGGAGAGCUAAGACUUAGUUUGUAGCAUAAACCAUCAUAAAGCAGAAAAUUGUCUUUUUACACAACUGUGUGAAACAAAUGAGAUCUAAAAUGUUGAUCAGUGAGCUUGGGAGGUGCUGGUAGGCAUUUUUUUCAUUUGUUUAUUUGCUCAAACAUGAACAAACCAACAGUAUUGUUGUUGGUAGCUACACAUUCUUAGACCCAGAACAGUAAUUUAGCACCACAGCGAUACAACUGAACCCCAAAUCAUUACAACGCAGCGGUCAUAUUAAAAACAAAAAACCCGCCCACGACCUCUUUCAGCUUUCAGCUUCAUCGUUGACCCUUGCUAACGUGCUCGUAUGACACAAUUUCUAACAUAACGGGCCUCCAUUUUUCAGAAUCUGGAGGGGAUGUGUUUUUCCAAAAUAUGAGGAUCACCCGAACAGCUGUGACGAGUCGUAUUUCGAUACAUUUGGCACUUCUCUUCAGUCCCCAGUAAGACCCAACCACUUCCCUAAGUGAUCCACAACUUUUCCCGAAAAUGGGUUAACAAGUUAACAUUCCCAGAUUGCGUGUAGAAACGUUCCCGUUUGUGUCUGACAUUUCCAACAUAAAUGAUUAGCCGACCAUCCUGUGGAGCGAGCGGGCGGUCGGCAGUGAGGUGAGGUUUCCACUCUUUAUGUUAAAUCAACGACCUCCUGCGUCCAGCUUCAUAUUCACUCUACAGACACGAGAGUGGCGUCAUUCUUCCCAUCUAACUCCCAACAAGACAGAGAAUAAAUGUUGAACUAUUCCUUUAAAGCAGAUCAGAGGUGUUCGCAUCAAACAGGGUUGAUUCAGGUCUGGUUGAGACCAGGAUCAGGUUCCUCUUAUUCAGGUUUUAGGAAAGAUGUUUUGGUUUUAAAAAGGCUUGUUUAGCUUCUCGAGAGUCACAUGUUCAAACUAUUCUGUGAGUCUCGGUGCAGAUUUACUGUGAUAACGUUUGAACGCGGCGGCGGCGUCAUCGGCAGUAUAAACUCUCCCGUGGAAAACCCUCCCAAACUGGAGAAGGUCAGACACAUCCUGCUGCUCAGACGGCCAUUUUUUAUUAUGGCUCCCUCUUUUCUUUGUUUUGCUUUGUUAACCAAUGUUCCUUAAGUUUAACUUUGCAUAUUGCACUGAAAUUAAUCUGCCUUGUUUUUAGCACAGUGUGCGAUGAUAGCUCUGUGCUGUGACUCGACCCAGUAAUCACAGUAAUUACACACAGAAAUCAGUGAUAACACACUGAUGAUCGCGUUUUGGUGAAGCAAAGAAUGUGCUUGAAGCUACUGUUUUUAGUCAGACUCGUUUUAUCAUGUUAAUACAUUAGUUCUUCACUGACAGCAGAAAGAUACACUGGUUUUAUUUAAGUUUAACCCUUUAACAACUGGAUCCACAUCAGUUUUCUUGUGCUGUGUUCAAACUUUUAAAUC